UGGAGGGGUCUGGAGGAGACCCUCCGGGGAUGGUCCCUGGAAUUUCUUCACAUGGCUCCAGAAAAAGUGACCAUCACAGUUCGUCUCAUUCGUUCCUUUGAGCAUCGCAAUUUCAAACCUGUAGUAUAUCAUGGAGUGAACUUGGAUCAGACUGUAAAGGAAUUUAUAGCAUUUUUAAAGCAAGAUAAGCUAAAGAUUAUUCAUCAAGCACAUAAAUCAAAGUCAAAUGAACUUGUGUUGAGUUUGGAAGAUGAUGACAGACUCGUGCUAAAAGAAGACAGAACCCUGAAAGCAGCUGGAGUUGCCAGUGAAACUGAAAUUGCAUUCUUCUGUGAAGAAGAUUAUAAGACCUACAAAGCUAAUCCCAUUUCAUCCUGGUGAAAGCAUCUCAGGGGCUUCCUUUUUGCAUACCUGUAUUAAGCUCUUUAUUCCACUACUGAGUUUUUGUAAUUGACAAACAAAUCUUUAAAAGUUAAUCCCAGGCUCUACUAUUUGAGCUAAAAUCUGCUCAUUUCUCUUUCUGUGGGUCUGCACGCGUCCUCUCUCUUUCUCUCUCUCUUGUUGUGAAAUAAUAUGCUAUGAGAAAAACAUUCGAUUUUUAAAAAGUGGAGUAAAUUGUUA